AUGCCCCAUGCCGAACCCGAAGCUACUGAAACGAAGUUCCCACCUCGUUGUCUUCCCCGGACUGCCGAUAGGGUCGGCCGCGCAAGGCGAGCAGCAAAGUCACCGAUUCCCUGCCAGCCUCAGGGCAUCAAUGUCGACGAAACAGACACACAACAACGCACACAGGUCAUUAAGCUCUCGAAGUUGCCUUCUCCCGCCCCUUCCACUCACCCCAUGAGCCAAGCCAAGGUCCAAGGGCUGCUUCUAGAUGCGCAUCAAACUCGCGUCGCCGGCGCCCGCGUCAACCACAACAUCACCGUCAAGCCCACCGCGCAUAGUGUAUCCCAACCGGUGAUCCCGUCCUAUGGCACACUGGGCACGGUAAAAUGGAAACCUUCGUCUCGGGUACAGCGUGCAGCCUAA